AUGGCUCCCCUGGUCAGCACGCUCGCCCGAGCACUGGCCGAUACAGUCAACAGCAAUACCACGACCAUCAUCGCCUCGAUACCCGUCGUCGCUCGUGGCUCCAGUUCUGCCCUCUACAUUUCAACUCUCCUCUUGAAUUCACACUCGAGCAGCUCUACCAACACGGAUGACAGCGGUUCGGGCGGAGACGAAAACGCCAAGGGGGACCAUACGCUCGAGGCGCUCGCUUUGGGUGCAUUGAUUUUCAUAUCGCUCCUCUUGGCUGUUGCCGUCAUCGGGCCCUGUUACAACUUUUUCUGCGAGGCGGUGGUCUCGUCCCUGCGAUCCACCAUAGACUGGAGAAACCUGUGGCCCAUCAGGCUGCUGGGACCCAAGCACCCCCGGCUCAGAGAGUUCCUGAGCAAGUGGGUGUUCAGAACGACCGCCAUGUUCGCCGUCCUCACCAUGCCCGCCUGGGGCCCGUUGCUCCUCAUCUUGUGCUGUGUGGUGGCAAUGUGGCCGGAGCGGCGAUCACAGACACAAGACAGUGAGCUGCGUGAUCCUACCGGGCUCCCGCACCCGCCGCCCGCGACGCCGCACGGCACAUCGAGCACGAGGGGCUCUGAUCUCGGCCUUGGAAACACCUCCUCGGACAACAGCAACAGUAGGGAUCAGUCUUCAAGCAUUGUCCUACAGCCCAUGGCUCGCGGCGAAGCGGACAGGCGCGACCAGAUGGACGAAGCUGACGUCGCCGACGAGUUGAUGGUCAUAACAGUGCCACAGAAGCCAGAAUACGACCCGCCGUCAUACCGAGCUUCGGCCAAUGACCGCUGCAUUCCGCAGGGUCGUGUGCGCACACCACCACCAACGUACUCCAAUGUGGCAGUCUCGGCUGUGGAUUGGGAUACAUAA